AUGUUUGAUGUUUUUCGCAGUAAGAUGGUGUCGUAUUUUCAAGAGGAGGGUGUAUAUGAUUUAUUAGGGAUCACUGAUGUCAAGGUUGGCAAGAGGGGUGUGGAUCUAGCAGAGCUAAGGGGCAUCUUCGGGACUGAUGUGGUGGACAAGUCGUUGAAGUUGUGGAAUAUUAUCAUCAGCAAGAUUCUAUACCCUCCGAUCCAGAACUUGAUCAUGGCAUGUGAGAGUCCCCAGCAAGGGUGGAAGAUCGUCACGAAUAUCUACCAAGAGAAGAAGGAGUCUGAGAAGACUAGGCUUGAGCAAAAGUGGUUGGCGUUAGAAAUGCGCGAGUCGGAGAACCCACAGGAUUACAUGGCAAGGUCGGAAGCUCUUCAAUUACGUCUUGCCUCAGUAGGAACUAUCAAAGACACAACACAUGCUUACAAGGACGUUGUGCGCGCCCUUCCCCCAUCGUUUGCCGUGCAAAAAGGAAUAUUGCUAGCAAGCGAUGUCGUGACUUUGCAUGCCCUUGAGACUGUGGUGAGGGACGCCCACAUGGAGAUGGAGCGCGAGAGGAGCAAGGAGCAGAGGCGCGAGGCGGAGCUCGCCCUCGUCGCGUCCGGUGCGAGCCGGAGCGGCGGGGGCAAUGGGGGGGCAUCCGGGGGACAAGGAGUAGCCGACGGUCAAGACCGUGAAAUCCGUGAUGGCGAGAGAAACCGUGACGUGUUCGUCGAAGAUCCCACCGGUUUUUGCCGCUACCACCAGUCCGAACUACACACGAACGGGCAAUGCCGUUACCAGCAGCAUCUGCGGCGGACUCGCACGAGAGCAGCCGCCGAGGAUCGCCACGGAGGUGGCGGCGGAGGCCGUGGCGGCGGCUGGAGCCAGCGAGGAGGAAGACCGCCGUCGGGAGCCGGCCGGGGUGGCGGGCGUUGGGCGUACGUAGUGUACUACGCCCACGACGACGGCGGCUACUACGAGGAUCACGGCGACUACGACGACGGCUACUACUGCGACGAUGGCUACCACGACUCGGGGUACGCCCACUACGUCGAAGCGGGCACCGGAGACAGCUACAGCUACUCUGAGGGGCUGACGAUUUCUCAGCAGACUUCCACGGAUGAGCUAGCAGCAGAGUAUGGAGUAGCAGGGGGGGAGAGCGUUCCCAUGUCUCUGGGGGUCAAGCUUUCUGACUUUGAUGCGGAUGAAGAGGCGACAGAUUUUCCGUUUCGAGAGCUAGUAGGAUCUUUGAUGUGGCUGUCGACUCAGACUAGGCCAGACAUUGCGAAUGCAGGGUACGCUGAUGCGGACUUUGCGAGCAAGGCAGCAGACCGUAGGUCGGUAUCAGGUGGGAUAGUAACAUGCGGAGGAGGCGUUGUGUCUUGGUUUUCCAGAACGCAGAAAUGCGUUACGCUUUCGACAACAGAAGCAGAGUAUGUCGCGCUUGGCGAUGUAGUGAAGGAGAUUUUGUUUUUGAGGCAGGUUUGGCGAUUUAUGUUGCCGAAGGUCGGCAUGCCGUGCAUCCCCGUCUUCGAGGACAACCAGGGGGCGAUUCAACUAGCGCAGAACCCCAUCUCAAACUCGAACUCGAAGCACAUUGAUGUAAGGCACCAUUUUCUCAGGCAACUGGUAGAGAGGAAAGAGAUUUCGGUGAUUCACGUGCCGUCUCCGUACCAGCGUGCAGACUUUCUUACGAAAAGUUUGCCCAAGGAUGCGUUCGAGUCUCACCGUGAUUUUGUGAUGAAUUUGGCAUGA